CCCUUGAGCAUGUGCUUGUGACGUCACAACUGCAGUGGUGCAGCCAUUUGCAUUAGCUGUGUUUGGUGUAAAUUGCAACAAUCGUGGUUUCACUUGCCGGUUUGAUGUUACUUUAAAAGAUCUGGAUCAUGUCCUUUCCAUCAAGACAGCCUAUAGGGAUGCCUCCUAUGGGACCAGGAAUGAUGCAUCAAUCAGGCUAUGCCUUUGCUCCAAUGGGCAUGAUGCCAAUGGGCAUGGGAAUGAUGGCACCACCUCCGAUGAUGAGACCAAUCGUUGCAUCAUCUAGCUCAUCAAAUCAGAACAGCGUCAAGUCCUCCAAGAAGCUUGUUCCCCAAGAGAUACCAAAGGAUGACAAGAAAGAUGAGAAGCCACCUGUGACUACAGUAUUCAUAGGCAACAUCAGUGACAGGGCUCCUGACAUGAUGGUAAAACAGAUGUUACAGAGAUGCGGAAAUGUGCUCAGUUGGAAAAGAGUUCAGGGUGCUUCUGGAAAAUUGCAAGCUUUUGGUUUCUGUGAAUACGAAGAUCCAGAGGCCACAUUGCGAUGUAUUCGACUGCUCAAUGAAUGGAAUAUUGCUGAUAAGAAAUUAGUUGUGAAAGUGGAUGCCAAAACAAAAACAUUGUUAGAUGAAUAUCGAGCAAAAAAGAAAGCAAAAGAAGCCAGCUCUGAGAAUGGUGAUGAUAAGCAGUCUAAUGGAGAGAAAGAGGGAGAAGAAGAAACCAAACCUCUGGAAGAUGAUGAUGAACUCGAUGAGGAUGGAAAGCGAGAAGAUCGAGUGGCCAGAGCUGGGCUGGAGGCCAUCAUGAGAGAAUAUACAUUCGAAUUAUCAAAACCUUCAUACUCUGAACAAGACAAAGAACCUAAAGAAAGGCCAAAGAAGAAGGAAGACAAGGGAAUCAUAGCAGAUACGGGUCUUGAUGAUAUGGAACUGGAAGAAGACAAGCUUCAAAUAAUAAACAGGGAAAUCCAGUCCUUUCGUGAUUUACACAAGGAUGAGGAAGAAGAUGCAGAUGCCACAGAGCGUGAACGGCGGUCUGAAGAUAAACAAAGACGCCGUGAGCGAGAAAGAAUGAGAGAAAAAGAGAGGGAAAGAAUGAGGGAAAGGGAAAAGGCUUUAAGAGAAAAAACACGAUCCCGGUCUCGGUCACCAUCACCAAGAAGAUCAAGAAGACGAUCUAGAUCACGUGACAGAUCAAGAGACAGAUCAAGAGAAAGGAGGAAGGAAAGAGAAUUGGAGGAAGAGGAAGAAGCUUAUGAGAGAAGGAAGCUGGAAAAAAAGCUUAGAGAGAAAGAGGCGCGGCAUACCAGGAGAUUGAAAAACUGGGAGGCAAGAGAAAGGAAGAAAUCUCGAGAAUAUGACAAAGAGAAAGAGAGGGAAGAGGAGAGAAAAGCAGAAGAGCAAAGAGAAGCAAGAAGGUUGAAAGAAUUCUUAGAAGAUUACGAUGAUCUCAGAGAUGAUCCUAAGUAUUUCAAGGGCAGUGCAUUAGCUCGAAGACUGAAGGAGAGAGAAAAAGAGAAGGAAGCUGACUCCAGAGAUAGACAGAGGGAAAAGGAAGAAUAUGAAGAACUGCGAAGGAAGCUCAUGGAGGAAGGUCAUCCUGAUCCAGAUGCAGAACUUGCUAGGCUGGAGAAAGAACGUGAGGAGCACCUGCAGCCCCGACUACAUAUACAAGAAUCCGAACCAUCCACACCAGAGAAGGAGGUUGUGAAGGAGGAACCCCCACCACCACCACCAGUUGUCCACAACUCUGACUCAGAUUCUAAAUCUAAGAUGCAACCAACACUGAAGCCAGUGGAAGUGAAAGCAUCACCUCCAUCAAAUGAAGCUAGUUCGUCAGAUGAAGACACGAGAGGCAGCUUCCCUAGUGUCAAUUACUCAGAUGACAGCCAGCAACCCAUCAUAAACCAAGCCAUGAAGGAUGAACCUACUAAACUGGGCUUCAGUGGUCUCAAGCUGGGGUCAGCAAGUCCAAGCGAAGGAAGUGGCACCAAGAGGAAGAAACUGACAGUGGGGGAUGUAUUUAAUCAAGAUGAUGAGGACAGUAUGGACUCAAAGAAGAGGAAGUUGAUUCCACUGGAUUAUGAUGAAGAGAAAGGGGACAAAAAGCCAUCUACUGCAGAGGAAAAGCGACAGCGCAUUAAACACCUUAUCGAAAGCAUUCCCACAGCCAAAGAUGAAUUGUUUAACUACAAACUUGAUUGGAAUAUUGUGGACCAGAGUCUGAUGGACAAGCGCAUCAAACCAUGGGUGAACAAGAAGAUCAUUGAGUACAUCGGAGAGGAGGAACCAACGCUGACAGACUUUAUCUGUCAGAAGGUUGUUGCCAGGAGUACACCACAAAGUAUACAGAAUGAUGUAGCCAUGGUUCUGGAUGAAGAAGCAGAAGUGUUUGUGGUCAAAAUGUGGAGAUUAUUAGUGUAUGAGACAGAAGCCAAGAAGCUGGGAUUGGUCAAGUGAAAUUGGCUGAACCUUUUAUACAUGAUUUUGAGUGGACGGAUACAUGAAAGAAGAAUGCCUGCUGAAUGGGAGAAUGUUUGUAUUAUGCUAUAAGUGCUGAGUGACAUCGCUUGUGGAGCGACGUGCAGAGACAAUGUGCAACUAUUACUGUCAGUAUAGGAUGUUAUGUCAGCUGCUGUUGGCAGAGUGGAACCUUGAAACCACCUGUAUAGACUUUUUCACACAUAUUUCAGGUCUUGUCCCAUCUGUAACUUUGAAUUACUUUUGAGAUAUGUCAAAGAAAUGUCUGUGUUCACAAAAUUCCAGAUUCCAGAUAUUCUGUCAAAUAAUGUAUUGACAUUACACUUGUUUCUGGAAAAUAUUUAAAAACAAAAAUUUCACUUCACAAUUGUGAAUUUGGGGUUUGUGCUGUCAUCUGGUUGUUUCUUGACUAUCAUGUGUACAAGAUCUGUUAUGAACCAGAAACUAUCAUAUGUUUCCAGUGUUUCUCAUGCUCUGGGAAAGAUGAAUGAUUUGAAACAUAACUCUGAAACGGACAUUUUUUAAGAUUCCAGUGUAAAUAUGUGGGUAUCAAUCAUUUCAUCAACUACAUCGAUUGUGAUUUUCAUUUUUGUAUGUGAAGAUUCUUAAUUCCCCAAUGAAACACAUCAUUUCUUUGGCUUACCAGAACUUAAUUCACAUUCAUUCCCUGUAAUGUGAUGGCUCCUGCUAGGUCAGUGCUGUCUCACAAUUGUAUACAUUCUGUCUUAUUGUGUAACAUCCUACAUGGCAGCAAUAAAUGUAAAUAACUGA